AGACAGCUCGGCGUGCCAUUUGUUGUUGAGUCUAGCCGUCAACAAGAAUCGAACGUGCGAAUUUAUUCAAAUUACAUCCUUUCGUUGACCUUAAAGAUAAACAACUGCCAAGAUGUGUGACGAUGAUGCGGGCGCAUUAGUUAUCGACAACGGAUCGGGCAUGUGCAAAGCUGGCUUCGCCGGUGAUGAUGCCCCCCGUGCUGUCUUCCCCUCGAUCGUGGGCCGCCCCCGCCACCAGGGCGUGAUGGUGGGUAUGGGUCAGAAGGAUUCGUACGUCGGUGAUGAGGCUCAGAGCAAGCGUGGUAUCCUCACGCUGAAGUAUCCCAUCGAGCACGGCAUCAUUACCAACUGGGAUGACAUGGAGAAGAUCUGGCAUCACACCUUUUACAAUGAGCUGCGCGUGGCCCCCGAGGAGCAUCCAGUAUUAUUGACAGAGGCCCCCUUGAACCCCAAGGCCAAUCGCGAGAAGAUGACCCAGAUCAUGUUUGAGACCUUCAACUCUCCGGCCAUGUAUGUGGCCAUCCAGGCCGUGCUCUCCCUGUACGCCUCCGGUCGUACCACCGGUAUUGUGCUGGACUCCGGUGACGGUGUCUCCCACACCGUGCCCAUCUAUGAAGGCUUCGCCCUGCCCCACGCCAUCCUUCGUCUGGAUCUGGCUGGUCGCGAUCUGACUGACUACCUGAUGAAGAUCCUGACCGAGCGCGGCUACUCCUUCACCACCACUGCCGAGCGUGAGAUUGUUCGCGACAUCAAGGAGAAGCUGUGCUACGUCGCUCUGGACUUCGAGCAGGAGAUGGCCACCGCCGCCGCCUCCACUUCCUUGGAGAAGUCUUACGAGUUGCCUGACGGCCAGGUCAUCACCAUUGGCAACGAGCGUUUCCGCUGCCCCGAGGCUCUGUUCCAGCCCUCGUUCUUGGGCAUGGAGUCCUGCGGCAUCCACGAGACCGUCUACAACUCGAUCAUGAAGUGCGACGUGGACAUCCGCAAGGAUCUGUACGCCAACUCUGUGCUGUCCGGUGGUACCACCAUGUACCCUGGUAUUGCUGAUCGUAUGCAGAAGGAGAUCACUGCCCUGGCUCCAUCCACCAUCAAGAUCAAGAUCAUUGCUCCACCUGAGCGUAAAUACUCCGUCUGGAUCGGUGGCUCCAUCCUGGCCUCGCUGUCCACCUUCCAGCAGAUGUGGAUCUCGAAGCAGGAGUACGACGAGUCCGGCCCCGGCAUUGUCCACCGCAAGUGCUUUUAAGUCCUUCGCUCCCGGCGAAAGUUCUUCAAAGGCAUCCACCGGACACCAACCAGGAAUCGAGCUCACCAACACCAGAGAAGCCAGCUCGCCCAGUGAUAGACAAAAAGAGCAGCGAACACAUCGCACAAUUAUCAUCCAACUCAGAUUCACGCAAAGCACAUCCUCCAUUGCAAUCUAAUCGGCCGCCGUCCAUGGGAUUCUUACUUUUUAAACAGCUUGUAGUGAGAAUUAUUAAGUGCCGACGGUUAACACCACAACGAGGCAGACCCACAAACACAUGUCAAAUGUAUAUGAAGAGCUUUUAACCCGUCAGUGAAUUGAAAGCCAAAUAUAUCUUCCAUUAAAACUAUGAAAUACGUUAAAUAAAUACAUUUUUCUAUUAUCCA